CUCUAGUGUUGAAUAAAAUGAAAGUUUGGACUUUUCUCCAGUGUCUGGCCGUCCUGCUCAUCCUGUGUGUGGGAUCAGACUGCGGGACGGUCCGGAGAAAGGCACGCUCCAAGCGCGAACUGGUGAAGAUGAGGGAAGCCAAAGCGGUCUUCCCGGGGGCUUGUGCCACCCGGCUGCCCCGGGGCAAGCGCUCCCUCCCCACGCUGGACCGCCGGCUUCCCCGCCAGCGUGGCCGCUCCUCUCCGGUGGAGGACGCGAGCUCCCAUCGGGGUAAAGCAGUUUAUUUCACGGGCAGAGGGGAUCAGCUGAGACUCAAACCCGGCGUGGAGAUACCGAGGGGGAACUUUACUCUCCAGCUGUGGGUCAAGCCGGAGGGUGGUCAGCGCUCCCCCACCGUUAUAGCUGGUCUCUUCGACAAAUGCUUCUACGCCUCCAGCGAUCGCGGAUGGCUGUUGGGGAUCAAUGCCGUGAGCGAACAGGGAAACCAUGACCCGCGUUUGUUCUUCUCCCUAAAGACGGACCGAGCGCACAAAGUGACCUCCGUUUACUCGAACGCCCGCUACACACCCGGCCAGUGGGCGCAUGUGGCUGUGACUUACAACGGCCUCUAUAUGAAGCUUUAUGUCAAUGGUGCUCAGACAGCGGUCAGCAGAGAACAGUCAGGUGAUGUCUUCAGCCCUCUAACUAAAAAGUGUAAGGUGCUGAUGGUGGGUGGAAAUGCUUUAAAUCAUAACUACAGAGGCUCUGUGGAGCGUGUGGGUCUGUGGCAGCAGGCCGCGUCUCAGCGACAGAUCAUCAGAGACAUGCACGGAUGGGAAGACCCCGAGGACCUGUUCGACCUGGUGAUCCGCGAGACCUUCGAGCACCCGGCACGCAAGUGGCUCCCUGUGAAGGAUGGCAGUUUCCCAACGCCGGACGCAGGUCCCCGUGCCGGCCUGGGCUCUCUGGACACCACCUUGGAGCCUCCGGCCUGCGGGCAGACGGUGUGCGAUAACACGGAAGUGGCGCGCAACUACAAUCACUUCUGGAGCUUCCGACGUCCCAAAACGGUGCGCUACCGCGUAGUGAACGUGUUCGACGACCUUCAGCGCAAACCCACAGUCACGGACCAGCAGAUUCAUCUGCAGCAUCAGCAUCUGAACGAGGCCUUCAGCAUGUACAACAUCACCUGGGAGCUGAGCGUGCGCAACGUGAGCAACUCGUCUCUGUUCAGCCGCCUGGUGCUCGCCAACUGCGACAUCAGCAAGGUGGGCGAUGAAGACUGUGACCCGGAGUGCAACCACACCCUGACCGGCUUUGAUGCCGGUUAUUGCAAACCCAGGACCCGGUGUCCUGACCAUAAACAGGGCAACGGCGUCUGUGACCCAGAAUGCAACAACGAGAACUAUGGGUAUGAUAGUGGCGACUGCUGCAACCCCACCAUCACCGACGUGACCAAGACCUGCUUCAAUCCAGUUUCUCAUCUGAGGGCUUAUCUGGACGUGAAAGAGCUAAAAGAGAUCCUCAAUGUGGACGGUUCCACACACCUCAACAUCUUCUUCGCCAAUUCCUCAGAUGAAGACCUGGCUGGGGUCGCCACCUGGCCGUGGGACAAGGAGGCGCUGACGCAUCUAGGUGGCAUUGUUCUGAAUCCAUCUUUCUACGGGACCUUCGGUCACACUCACACCAUGAUCCACGAGAUCGGUCACAGUCUGGGUCUGUAUCACGUGUUCCGGGGAGUCUCCGAGAUUGAGUCCUGUAAUGAUGCCUGUAUGGAGACCGAACCUUCGCUGGAAACCGGAGAUCUGUGUGCCGACACCAACCCUACACCCAAAUACAAGCACUGCAGAGACCCUGAGCCCGGGAACGAGACGUGUGGACAUCAAAACUUCGUUCACACUCCGUUUAACAAUUACAUGAGUUACGCAGAUGAUGACUGCACUGAUUCAUUCUCACUGAAUCAGGUGGCUCGUAUGCACUGUUACCUGGAUCUCAUCUACCAGACCUGGCAACCCGACUACCGCCCCCCCCCGGUCCCCCUGGCACCUCAAGUGGUGGCACAGAAUCGGGACUCCAUUACUCUGGAGUGGUUUCCGCCCAUCUCUGGUCACUUUUAUGACAGAGAAGUGGGAUCAGUAUGUGAUAAAUGUGCCGAGGGUCACGUCCUCCUGCAGUACGCCUGCAAUUCCUCGUCCCCUCGCCCCUGCUCGCCGUUCGGCCACUGGAGUCCCAGAGAAGCCGAGGGACCCCCAGAUGUGGAGCAGGCAUGCGAGCCCAGCGUCCGCACGUGGAGUCCGCACAACGGGAUGGAUCUGGGCAUGGUGCCGCCUCCCUGCCCCCUGCAAGGCUGCAUGUUACAGCUGGAGUUUACGCACGCCGUGGUCCCCGACUCCCUCACCGUGUGGGUGACCUUCUCUUCCCCGGAGGAGACAGUUCUGCCCGCCAUCCACAACAUCAUCCUGCUGACGGUGGCCGGCAACAACCUGUCGCUGGGUCCUAGCGAUUUGUUCUGCGACACUCCGCUGACCAUCAAGCUGGACGUGCAGGAGAAGGUGUACGGCGUGCAGUUCUUCACCAUGGAGCAGCAUUUGGAAAUCGACGCCACUCUGCUCGCAUCCAAACCCGACUGCGAGCUGUGUCGGGCAUGUGAACCGCUGCACUAUCGACUCCUGAGGCAGCCGUCGUUUACUCACGCGCCGCAGGGCGUCAUGCUGAUCGACUCCGCGAGAAGAUACGUGGACAGGGUCGUUGAGGACGAUGGGGUGUACACCUACCAGAUCCAAACCAUCUCGAGUGGAAGCGAGAGCGAGCCUUCUCCUCCAUUGACGCACCGCCUGGGCGCUCCGUACUGUGGAGAUGGUCUCAUCCAGAGAUCUCACGGAGAGGAUUGUGAUGAUAUGAACUCGAUAAACGGGGACGGAUGUUCCAGUCACUGUAAGAAGGAACCCUUCUUCAACUGUAUCGACGAGCCCAGCAUGUGUUAUUACUAUGACGGUGACGGUGUGUGUGAAGACUUCGAGAGGGAGACGAGCGUGAAGGACUGCGGUCUGUACACACCCAACGGUUUUCUGGACCAGUGGGCCACCACGGUGGAAGUUUCUCAUGAAGAGAGGCUCUACUGCCCGGCCGAUGUGGCUGCCGGAUACCCUGCUGUUACCAAGACGUGUCAGUCCAAAGUCUUUGAUUUGUCCGAUGGAGUUUCUCAGUACGCCUGGUUUCCAUGUCGCGAGGCUCAGGGCAUCACCUGGUAUCCCCAAUACUGGCUGAAGGCGUAUUUCUCUCACCCGAUGGUCGCGGUGGCCGUCAUCAUCCAUUUAGCCGCAGAUGGAACCAGCUACAUCGACCAAACCCAGUGCAACAUCACCGUCCAACUCAUCGACACCAAAGAGGCCGUUCACAGCUUGGGCGACUGGCGUCUGAGCUGUCGUUCCAAUCCGCUGGUGAUCCCGGUGAAUCACGACCUCAGCGUGGCCUUCUACCACACCAAAGCCAUCCUGCUCAUGUUCCGCUCGGACCUGGUGGCCAUCUCCGGCGUCGGCCUGCGCACGUUCCAGUUCUUCGACCCCAUAACCAUCAGCGGCUGCCAGAGCGAUGAAAUCUACAAUCCCAUGGGCCAAAGCUGUGUCCAUUAUUCCUGUGAAGCCAUCGAUUGCCAGGAGCCAUUGAUCCGGAAUGCCGAGGUGAAGUGCAGCGACGGCGAAUAUUUCAACGGAGCGCGCUGCACCGUCAAAUGCAACUGCGGCUACGUCCUGCAGAUCCACAGGGACGAUGACAUCAUCAAGAGUCAGACGGACUCGACCGUGACUAUAACCUGUGCUGAUAGGAAAUGGAACAAGCAAGUGUCAUGUGAGCCGGUGGACUGCGGCCUGCCGGAUAAAUACCACGUUCACCCCGCCCACUUUGAUUUCCCAGAAGGCACCACGUACGGCAAGAAGAGCACAUUUCAAUGCAAAGAGCCCGCUCAGCUCGUGGGCAGUAAUAACAGUCUGACGUGUAUGGAGGACGGUCUGUGGUCCUUCCCGGAGGCUUUGUGCGAGCUGCGCUGUCCGGUGCCGCCCCCCGUGCCCAACGCCAUGCUUCAGACCAAACGCUGCAAUGACACGGGGCUUAAAGUGGGAACCCUGUGCAAAUACAAAUGCAGACCUGGAUACCACGUGGCCAACAAGCCGAAGAGGAGAGCCUUUAAGCGUCAGUGUACAGAAGACGGCCGCUGGCUGGAGGGUUCGUGUGAACCCGUCACCUGUCCUCCUCCUCCGUCCGUCUUUCACGGCAUGUAUCAGUGCACAGACGGCUUCAGGUUCGACAGCACCUGCUGGAUCCACUGCAGCGGGGCAAACCGCACGCUGAGACAUCCUCCGGCAUGCAAACAGGGGCUCACCACAAACGUCAUCCGCUGCCGGAAGGACGGAAACUGGACCGGAAGCUUCCGCUUGUGCCCGCAGCUGAAGGGUCAGUGCUCUCUACCUCAGAAUCUGCAUCCCAGCAUCCGCAUCAGCUGCAGGAGGGGAUACGGCAUCGGCGAAGAGUGUGAGCUGUCAUGCAGGGACAGUAACAAUGAUGUGGUGAUCCUGCCGAGCAACGUGACGGCCGGCACAAUACUGGAUCAUCACUGGAUGAACCCUCCCAAAGUCAAGCACAUCGUGUGUACUAUGGGUCUGAAGUGGUAUCCUCAUCCAGAAGAUCUUCACUGCAUUAAAGGAUGUGAGCCGUUCAUGGGUGAUAACUACUGCGAUGCCAUCAACAACAGAGCUUACUGCCACUACGAUGGAGGAGACUGCUGUCAUUCCACCGUCAAGACUAAAAAGGUCAUCCCCUUCCCCAUGUCCUGUGAUAUCCGGGAAGACUGCUCCUGCCGGGACCCCGACGCCCUGGAGAACAGGAGAGAGGAUCACCUGCACUCGCUGGGUUGAGACGUCACGACGACACAUUCUGCUGCUGCUGCUUCACAGGUGUACCUCUUACAUCAUCGCUCUUCAUCAUUUCCAAACUCCAAUCUACCUGCUUCUCACUCAUCCGGACCCCCGGGAAGGACCAAAGUGGGUGAAGAUUCUCUCAUCGACAACCAUUAUCCCCCCCCCCGAAAAACAUGAAGCAUGUGAACGCUCCAGAAUCACUCGCCCUGCGUCCACCAGAGAGAGAGAGAGAGAGAACGCUUCUGUUGAAUGCAGUUUGUCUUUUCUUUUUCGCAUUAAGACCAAAGGCAGAAAAAUGAAAAAUCUCAACAACAAAAAACCCUCCACGUGACAUGAUGACAGAGAGCAGAAGAGUUGCCAAAAGAAACGCCCGCUCCAAACGCUUGAGUUUUGUGUUUUUAGGUGAUUGUUGUCUUUCCAGAGAGACGGUCUGCUCGUCCCGUCUCCUGCAGAAGGUCGUGGAACGCGGAUGAGGGAUGAUAUGAAGACGGAUCACAACAGACAGAAACACACUUCGUGCGAAGUACGCAGACGCGUCCUGUUCAACAUGCUUAGCAUGUGCUCAAGACGCCCGAAGAGUUCAUGUUUGUGUCGUUACGCCGGAUGUGAACUGUCAGUCGAGAAACUUUCGUUGUGUUCAGACACGAUUCCGUUUCAUUCGAAUCAGACACGUUUGCGUUCACACUCGCGUACGGUGUGUCUCAAACCUGGCAAACGGGCGAAGAGCGUUCUGAAGCGAGAGGAAUGGUGGACGUUAGCGCGGCUGCUGUUGUUGCUGCUAUGAUCGCUGCUAUUUAGUCAAACAACAGACAGCACGAAUCUACAGUCGCGAUGGAGCUCGACGCCCGUCUGCCUAAACACUUACCUCCGAUCCAACCUCACCGUACACCUCCGAUCCGUCAUAAAUCAUCACGCUAAUGAUUGUAUGUUAUAUCAACACAAACUCCUGAAUGUAGAAGAGGUUUAAAUGAAACUUUCUGUCGUCAUUCACUCACCCGCGAGUUACUUGAUACAACUAUUUUCCCUAAAUGGUUUAUAGCGACCACGACUGUCACAGGUUUCUCAAUGUGUCUCAUUUAAGGCUCAACUUGGUCUCAAACUGACAAAUGGGAGUGUAAAUGUUGAGACACAUGAAGAGUCUGGAGGUGUAAAUGAAUGUGGAUUGUUGAGGUCAAAUCAUCUGGAUCUGAGUCAAUGUGAUGAGAAAUGUUUGAGGAUCUUCAAUAAUCUUGACUUCUGAUGGCAGACGAGACCAAUCUGAGCUCAGUUUGACACACUGUUGACGUCUCUUCUCAAACUCUAAUGACACAUUUGUCAGAUUUCUUUUUCUCAGGAGAAACAUCUGAGCGCAAGUCUCCAAUUCCACUUAAAUCAUUGAAAUCUCAUUAUUGACAGUCAUGCUCUCUAUGAAUGCCACUGUUGUAUGACCAAAGUGACAUAAGAGUGAGUAAAAAUGGCAGAAUGUCUUGAUUUCUAUCAGUAAUGUGACUGAAUGAAAGGAUGAUGAGAGGUUUGUGAAGCGAGCGGGUUAAAUGGGGACGGCGUAUUGUAAAAGCGUCAAUCUAACAUCAGAGAAAGUUUCAUGAUCUCAGUGAAUUUAUUGCCAGUCAGAAACACUUUUCUUUCCGUGUAUUAUCGUCCAUGUGCCAACUUUUCGACCACCUUUAGUGUUUCUGGCCCCUUCCAAACUUAACUUAAAAUGCUUUGGGCACAAUCGCUGGUGUCCCAGAGCUGCCAAAAAAACGUUUCUCUCAUCAACUCGCUUUGAAAACAAACACACCGCUUUAGAAUAACCACAAGGACUUGAUAUAAAUAUAUAUAUAUGUGUGUGUGUGUGUGUGUGUGUGUGUGUAGACAAAAUCAUAAUCAAAAAACUGUACUCGUUACACUUAAUGGACAUCAAAAACAACCAAGAAAUAUUUUACGCUUGAUAUUUGGCUACUAACUGUGAACAUUUGUCUCCAUCGAACCUCUUCUCCGAGGCCUUUAAUCUCACAAACUGCACAUCUGAGCGGCCGUGCGGAAGUUGGCAUCCUCCGAGGCUUGCAGAAAACACACAAUGCCAUCGGCCCACGUGAAAGAGAUGUCGGCGAGCGAUGCCAAAACCUCAUGUUGUUCAGAACAACUCAACGUGUGUCGCGACGUCGGUCCUGUCGGCCUAACGCUGGAGAAAAUGUUGAGCAAAUCGGGCCGGAAAACACGUUUCGCGGUGGUUUUAUUGGCGUGUAGGCAUUACAGAUUGUUUGCCUAAGAUUUGAAUAGGCUUCACUUUGUGCAGUCGUAGAUGGAUGAUAGCUCAAAUAUAAAGACGUUAUCAAGAAAAAAGAUCAGACGUCCAUAUCAUGUCGUACGUUUCUAUUGUGCUUGUUGUGUCAAAGGUGCAUUUCUGUCAUUUAUAUUUCUAGAAAAGAAUGGAAGACAAAAAAACCCCCACACACACCACAUCUGAUGUACCAGUAAACAGUGUUUGUGUUCUUGACCUCAGUUGUGCACUUUUGAGUGGCCCGUUAAAGAUCGCUGCUAUUGUACGCCAGGAAUAUUUAGAGGGAAAUAUUAAUAAUGUAUUUGGUUUCAUUUUUUACUGUUUGAUAAUAUAUGCCUCUGUGAUUAUUGUGAUCCCACUCGCUGGUUUUAUCACAACAAACAGAGCGGAUGUCAAAUGUCUUUAUUGGAUUCAAACUGUACGCCUUUGGGAUCAUAGAAACUGGCUUUAAUAUUUAUGUUAUUCAGUGUGAAACGGAUCGGUUCUAUGUAUGUUGUGUUUAUUUUCUAAUGCAAAUGUUUUUUGACUUGUGUGUAUUUUCGAGUUCGGUUGAAGUUUUAUUGUUGUUAUUAAUAUUAUGAUGAAGGAAUCCAAAGAAGAAAGGGAAGAAAGAAUGUUUUAUGAGAUAUUUGGUUUGUUAUAUAUUCCUGGGAGAACAAAUGUAUUGUGUUGCUAUCACACGAAUCUAUGUAAAGGUUUAUUGCCCAAAGGACCGAAAGAGAGAGAGAGAGAUCAGCAUCCGUGUGUUGCCAAAUGAGCAUCAACCUCACGUUAACUUGCCAACGAAUUGAUACAGCUUGUGAUUGACAGGCCUGUCAGCCAAUGCUUCCUUCUCUUUCCUCUAUGUCCCGCCCACAAAUGGCUUGAGAAAUGUACUGCCUGAGUCUUAUUUUCAUGUUUAUGUUCGUCUUUUCUCGACCUCUUAUUUCAUCCACAAUCCACUCCAAUGACACUAAAAACGUCAGUUCAACCAAAGCGUAAAUCUGUUGGUUGUUUCGUUCAGCGGGACGUUUGAAGCUCUACUGUAUUCUUCUUGCUGUACCUCAUACGCCUGUAAUAUUUGCUGCUUCCAUAUUUUGGUGUUUUAUUGUUCCACGUCUAUUAGCGACAUAUACCGGUGUACAUAGUAGAACUAUUUAUUGAGAGCGUUAUACUUUUUUAAGUUAUAUUUUUAUUGUUUUAUUGUUCAUGUAAGUUAUUUGUGCAAUGGUGUUAUACAUGUUGAAAAGAAGUGAUUCUUUGGUUAUGGGGGCUCUUACGUUCUUUAUCUGUUAUUGCUCAAGCUUUCAAGGGCACAAACACGUCAUCAGUCAAAACAAUAAAUUCAACAACUUAAAAGCGUAUUGUUACAAUAGAAAAAUGUAAACACUUCAAUUGGCAUCUUGCUGCACAUGAAGGAACGAAAUCUGUCCCAGCUAGCACACGUACGUCUGUAAUACGUCUGCUAAAGAUCUGGAAAACAUCUGCUGUGUAAUAUCAUCUGCUAAACAUCUGGGAAAGAGCAGUUUUACAUCCGUUCUCAAUCAUAAACAUCUAACAGACGUCUCCUAGAUGUCUAUAUGACAUCUGACAGCAGAUGUCUCCGAGACGUAUUGCAGACGUCAAAUAGACGUCUGCCAGAUGUAGUGUGCCAUCAGGGGUCCUGUUUUGGGAAACUUUGGACAUGUGUCAGAAUAUGAAGCAAAUAGUUGAGAGUUUCUGGUCGUUUCUGUUAUUUCUGUUAUGGCGUUUUAUAUCAGAAUUAAUUCUGAAGCAGUUCAUCAGAAGUAUGAUGAUGUAUAAAUAGUGACGUGAUCGUAGUGUAUCUUGUACAUUUACAGAGUUUCAUUUUUGACAGUGAUUUAAUUAAACGCUCGGCGGUCAUCAGCAUUACUACAGUAUCAUGACAUCAGCAUUUCUUCAAGUGUCCUUUACUUAUAGAAACACAUAUUAGCCGCGUUUGUGCCUGUUAAACACUUGUGUUGCUCGAUUUCACAACACGACCAAAGUCCAGUAUAUACUGUAUAUGUUCUGUCCCGUGCUCAGUUCAGACAGCAUUUACUUUGUACUGUAUUCUACAACGUCACUUCAAUCCAGUUUUCAUCUGUUGGCUUUCCUCGCACUGAAUCAACGCCGUCUUCAUUCUGGUCAGGCCUUCACCAUGAUGAACUUUGGGGCACAUAUACUACACUUGUGUUUUAUAACAGUUUGUGCUUUUGUUGUUGUCGGCCAUAUUUAUACGUGCUCUGGAUUAUUGCAAGCGUACCUGAUGUAUCAUGAUUUGAAAGAUGCUGAAUGAGUAACUUUAUUUCUCUACCAUGUAUCGUGCAUUAAUAAACACUGGUAAUGUUUAACACUUA